GGGCAAGGGAGUCUAGGGGCCGGUGGGCGGGCCCAGCGCUGUCGGUCAUGCAGGCCCCGCCCCGGCGCCGGUUUGACGUCACCGCCUGCGCCGCUAGCCGCGGAAGCAGGAAGUGGGACCAAAACAAAGGAGCGGCGACCGGGGUAGACCUACCUUCCUUCGUCUCCUCUAGGCGCGCGCCCGGCCAGGUCGGCGAGUCCCCCAGCCGUCCCAUUAUGUCCACCAUGGAGAAACACCUGUUCAACCUGAAGUUCGCGGCCAAAGAACUGAGCAGGAGUGCCAAAAAAUGCGACAAAGAGGAAAAGGCCGAAAAGGCCAAAAUCAAAAAGGCCAUUCAGAAGGGCAACAUGGAAGUGGCGCGGAUACACGCCGAAAACGCCAUCCGCCAGAAGAACCAGGGCGUCAACUUCCUGAGAAUGAGCGCGCGUGUCGAUGCGGUGGCCGCCCGAGUGCAGACGGCGGUGACCAUGGGCAAGGUGACCAAGUCCAUGGCCGGCGUGGUCAAGUCGAUGGACGCGACGCUGAAGACCAUGAACCUGGAGAAGAUCUCCGCCCUGAUGGACAAGUUUGAGCACCAGUUCGAAACGCUGGACGUCCAGACGCAGCAGAUGGAAGACACAAUGAGCAGCACGACCACCCUGACCACUCCCCAGAACCAGGUGGACCUGCUGCUCCAGGAGAUGGCCGACGAGGCGGGCCUCGACCUCAACAUGGAGCUGCCGCAGGGCCAGACCGGCUCCGUGGGCACCAGCGUAGCUUCGGCCGAGCAGGACGAGCUGUCCCAGAGACUGGCUCGCCUGCGGGACCAGGUGUGAGGCGGGACGGGCCCAGGUGUGCUGCGCAGAUGCGCUCUGAGCGAUACGUGCCCUGGAAUGUGCUGGAGACUGAGACGCCCUUCCGCCUGCCUUUGGGUUUACAGCAGAGAAUUCCUUUUCCCUUAACUGGAUCUUAAAGUUCUGUAUCGCUUGUGAUGAUGUGUAUUUUUAUACCUGCCUUCUAACAGAACUAGUUGAAUUGGUGUUUCUGGGUCUUGAAAAUUCUGAGUUAUAGUUCCCACAUACUCAGUUUCACAUUUAAAAUUAUCAGAGUGAAGGGUUUUUUUGGUUUUGUUUUGUUUUAGUAUGAUUGCUGAUACACGAGAUGACAGGUGGUACAUAAAAAUUAAAGAAGAGAAUUGGCUAUUUAGUUUGGUUUCAUGCUGUAAACACCUGCAGCUUGCUCAGUGGACGGUGCUGUCUCUGUAUAGCCUUUGUUUUCCUCUAUUUUUCUUUGUUUUUGCCAUCAAGCUACACUGCAAUUAACUACUGAUUCAUUCUCCUUUUACUACAAUUACCUUAUGAAAUUUUUCACUAAUACUCGCUGUUUACAUUCUCUGAGUUUUUCAUGUGAUAGUUGUGUAACUGAAAAGCCACAUAACUUCAUUUAUUACAAGAAAAAUUUAAAUGUGUUCAUUUAUAUUUUCUAUUUAAGAGUUUUUAAAAAGUCUUAGAAGGUUUAACAUUGGGCAAUUUCUAGCUAUUUUCCUAUGUCUACGCUUUAGGCUCCUGAUGAAGUAUGUUAAUUAGCAUGGCAUUUGUAUUAUACACCUAACAUUGCCAAAGAAUUGUUGAUUGUUUUGGGGAAACCCUGGGACUGUGUGUUCUUAGGUUUUGUUUUGAUUUUACCAAUCAAAAACAAAUAAAAUUAGAACUGCAUUUUAAGUUCUAAUUAUUUGCAUUCAUUGUUUUGUCUUAAAGCAGCAGUGCUUUAGAAAUUUCAAAACUAUAACAUGAGUUGGAAUGUUUUAGCCAUGCAAAUCCUGCACUUGAAUCUGCAUCCAGCCAGCUUGCAGCUGGGAGGAAGGAGAGUUGGGAUUGGAAGCAAAGACAGACAAGGCGCAGCUGUACUGCAUCUGUACCCCCUGCCACCCCCAUGGCCGUGCAUGUCUCCAGAUGCUGAUGUCAAGCUGUGGCCACCCCUUUCCUCAUGGCCACAAAACAUGGGGAGCAGCAGUUGGCUUUUUGCUUGGUGAGCACGUUAAGCUAAGUUACGUACUUACAGCUUUCUUAGUCUCCUUCCUUGACUGGCAGACUUCUCAGUAAGAAUCCCAGUGUUUGAAAAAGUAAUCGGUUCUCUUCCAAGUUCCUUGGAAGUGUCAUAUCCACGUGUUCAUCCCUGUAACUUGUUUUCCAGUGUGAAUGAGUGAAGGGAAGAGCUUGCAGGUAUGUGCGGUCGAGGCCGCUCAGCACCUCUGGUGGGCCCUGUGGCAGGCAGCCACGUGGCCUCCCCCACAUGCGCAGACAGCUGUGUAGGUGCAUCCUGUGUCUUAGGCCGCUUGGGCUGGAAAACUUCAUCACAGCCAACAAAAUAGCUUAGUGUCACUGACUCCUUUGAUAAAUGAAGACCCUUUUAUAGUGCAUAUAUUCCCAUCAAAAUCUAUUUUGUGAGUUGAAGCAAUGCUUGUAUAUGCUUGAACUUUCUUAAAAUGUUCUUUUCAUACUAUAUAAAUGUACAUUUUUAUGAAUCAAAUAUCAAAGCACUACAGGCCCAUGGAUUAUUUCCUUCUUUUUGGAGUUGAUGUAAUGUUGAAAUGAAAAUA